GAGAAACCCUCUACAGAUGAACAACGCUCUGCACUGAUCCAGAAAGUUAGUAACAUCUGUCUGACUUUAUACAACACAGCUUUCAUUCAACAGAUGCAGGUUGCAACAAUAGCAGCUGUUAAACAACUGCUUUUGGAAACCCUGGAUGAUUUGAGUAACAAGGAGCUCCAAGAAUUAAAGAGGCUCCUGAAGAUUAUUUUCUCCCAGAAGGACCUCCAAAUGGUUUUGAGACACACAGCAGACAGAGCAGAAAUAGUGGACCUGAUGGUGGAAACCUACGGCCAGCAGUCAGUGGAGUUAACAAGGGAGGUUUUCAUGGACCUGAACAGGACUGAUCUGGUUCAGAGGCUGUCAAAGCCCAGCUCAGGACUCAAAGAGAAACCCUCUGUGGAUGACCAUCAAACUGCACUGCUGGAGAGAGUAUCAGCGAGGGCAGCUGUUAGAAAGCUUCUUUUUGAAACACUCAAUGGUUUGAGUUUCAAAGAGCUCGAGAAAUUCAAGUUUUUGCUGAAGUUCACGUACUUCCAGAAGAGCCUCCCACAAAUCUCAGAGGGGCAAAUGGAGAGCACACACAGUGCAGAAGAACUAGUGGAUCUGAUGGUGGAGAACCUGUUAAAGAUUCAGCAGUCUGUGGAAGUGACCAAGGAGGUUUUCAUGGACAUGAACAGGACUGAUCUGGUGCAGAGGCUGUCAGAGACCAGCUCAGGACUCAAAGAGAAACAGCAGCUUUCACUGAUCCAGAGAGUGGAAACGAUGGCGUCUGUGAUAGAGCUGCUUUUGGAAACACUGAAAGAUUUGAGUUACGAGGAGUUUGAAGAGUUCAAGAAGGUCCUGAGUCAAUUUAAAUUCUUCAGACAUUCCUUUCUUAAGUUUGAGACAACAGGCAUCCAAUUAAGGCUGCUGGAAAUAACAGACAAACAGGACACAGUGUUUUCAAUGGUGCAGACUUUUGGCCAGAAGUCUGUGCAGACGGCCAAGGACGUUUUAAUGUUGAUGAAGAAGACUGACCUGGUGCAGAGGUUUUCAGACCAAAACCCAGGACCCAAAAAAAAACACUCAGUGGAUGAACACCUGUCUGCACUCAUCCACAAAGUUGCAACAAUGGCGUCUGUUAAAGAGCUUCUUUCAGAAACACUCAAUGAUUUGAGUUCCGAAGAAUUUAAGACCUUCAAGUGGCUGCUGCAGUUCACGUUGUUCAAGAGGAACCUUCCACACAUCUUAUUGAAACAACUGAAGUGCGCAGACUGGGCAAAACUACUGGUGGAUGUGAUGGUGGAGAAAUACGGUCAACAGUCUGUGGAGGUGAUGAAGGAAGUUUUCAUGGACAUGAACAGGAUGGAUCUGGUGCAGAGGCUGUCAGAGACCAGCUCAGGACUCAAAGAGAAACACUCUGUGGAUGAACAUUGGCCAGCACUGACCAAGAAAGUGGAAACGAUGGUGUCUGUGAUAGAGCUGCUUUUGGAAACAUUGAAAGAUUUAACUUAUGGGAAGUUCAAGGAGUUCAAAGAGAUCCUGAGGCAAAUUCACUUCCCAUCGUUUAGGCUGGGGAAAUGGAGGCUACUGGAGACAAUGGGCCUGCAGGACACAGUGUUUUUUUUGGUGCAGACUUUUGGCCAACGGUCUUUGGAGACGAUCAAGGAGAUUUUAAAGAAGAUGAAGAGGACUGACCUGGACCAGAGGUUGUCUGACAGCAGCUCAGGAUCCAAAAAGAAACCCUCUACAGAUGAACAACGCUCUGCGCACUGA